AUGGUAGAAGAGCCACUACAAGAAAAAUGGGCAUCUGCUCUAUUUUGUCCCUCAUCGUGUACUCCAGAUCGUCUCCUCCCACCUGCUCUGCGUAAUCGCCCUUGGUCGCUGCAUAAUCGCCCCUGGCCGUUGGCAUAUUAUCUCCUCCUGAGGUCGCUUUCAUCUCCCUCCUACUCUUUAUACUAUAAUCGCUUGAGCAAACUAGAUCAACGACAAAGAAGAGGUCAUAAUCUUAAUCUGAAGGCUUUGAACACCGUACAGUCUCUAAAAGAUCAACAAUCGGCUGCUCGAAUGACAUUGACAAUAGAUACCUAUACAAAGAAAUUCAUUGGGGAAACAAUGAUUUCAUUUUUAACAAAGGUUGGAAUUGUGCGAAGUUGUUGUGGGAUGAAAUACCAUACAUGGGAGAAAAUCCCAAAAGAAAAUAAAGAAGAAAUGAUUGAUAGAUUACGUGAAAAUUUUGAACUACCACAGGAAGAUAGAAUUAUGAUGGAAUAUGUGGAUGAGCAAUUGAGACGACAAUGGAAACGUACACGAAAUACAUUGAAAGAUUAAUGGAAGAUAAAAGGAGGAAAAAAUUGUUCAUUAUCUAAUAUGUAACGUAACUUGGAGAAAAAGGCUUUUAAAAGUAUUUGUAGGAAGCAUAAAACUUUACUGUCUGUAUGAGAGGCAUCAAGUGGACCUGUUAUGAGGAAAAAAGACGUACCAAUCUUAUCAGCAACCGAAACAUCUCAGUCAGCUCUAAAAGAUCAAGAAGAUAUGAAAAGUCAUGUUGUUGCACUUGAGGAAAAGUUGCGAUACAACAAUGAGAAAUUGAAGCAAAGUGAAGAAAAAAUUGCAAAAAUUUCAAAAUUUAUGACCUCAAAGUUCCCAAACUUUAAAGAUGUAGUAUGCCCUAGUGAUGAAGAUGAGCAAACUAUACAUGAGGACAUAAUGCAUCUAUGAGAACCCUAUUCUUAUUCAUGACCUUUUUUUAAAGUUUGGUAUUCUCACAUCUGCUUUAUUUUUUAGUGAUUUGAUUGUUAGUUUAUUAUUUCAAUGUUUAGAUUUGAAGAUAUUUGGAUAUUUUUAAUUGAUUUAUUACUAGGUUUUUAA